CCGCUUCCUAUUACCAUGGACAAACAGCCCACGGUGGUGUUUCGAAAUGUGGGGCAACUGUACUUCCCCCAAACCAGAGUGGAGUGCCACUACAGCCUGACCCCGGAGCAUCAGUGGAGCAGCAGCGACUGGAUCGGCAUUUUUGAGGUAGGAUGGUCUUCAGUGAAACAGUAUUAUACAUAUACAUGGGCCCUUGUUCCUGAAGGCUACACUGAGGGUGCCAGUGUCAACUUCUGUGCACAUUUCCAGGCAUCCUACCUGCCCCGGCCCAGCACUGUGGAGUAUGAGUUCAUUUAUGUGGAUAAGCUGGGAGAGGUGUGCGCCCGUAGCCGCCCCUUCACCUUCUGCGCUCCCAAGCCGCUGGAGGAGCUGGAGACUCUGAAAGAGGAGCGAGACGAGGAGGACGGAGAGGAGGAGCUGCUCCUCGUCAUCCCCAGGGCUCAGCUGCUGCAGAGCCGGCUGGAGGAAUCGUUGAAAAAACAAGCGGAGAUACAGCAGACUCUGGACGAGAUGAGAAAGGAGACGGAGAACGAGAGAGAGAGCAGCGACAAAGCGAGGAUGGAGUGGGAGGGCGAGAGGGAGGCGAUGAAGGAGGAGAUCGCAGAGCUCAGAGACAACGUGAGACAAAACUAUGACACGCUGAAGAAGAUGGAGGGAAAACACAAGGAUGUGAAAAACAGUCAGGAAAAUCUGACCUCUGAACUGAGCAACCUUCUGACUGAAAAAGCUGAGAGUCAGCAGCGAAUCCAAGACCUGGAGGAGAACAUCAAGGUCCGGAAUGACAGGGAGAAAGAGGGGAACAUGGAACUGGAAAGGCUGAAGGAGAGAGUGAAGAAAAUGUCGAGUCAAAUGAAACACGAUGAGGAAAAGAGGAAGUCUCUGCAGGCGGAGAACGAAGCUGCUCUGGCGGAGGUACAAGGGCUGCAGGAGCGCCUGGAGGCCAGUGAGCACGUAGCUGAGUGCCUGCGCAGGGAGCUGAGGGAGCUGGGCACCCGUCAGGGCCAUGCCCACAGCGAGCUGCACCAGGCCCGGCUGCAAGUGGCCCAGCUCACCCUGCAGCUGUCCGAGGAGAACCUGGUCCUCAGGGAGGAGCGCGCCAACUGGGCCCUGGAAAGAGAAGCACACAGACACGCAGCAGAAACUGACAAAAAGAAAUUCCAAGAACUGAGCUGUGAGGUGCAGAGGAAGGAGGAGUGGCUCCAGGAGGAGAGGGUGGAGAGGGAGAAACUUGAAGCAGAGCUCGGGAGUGAGAGAGACUGCAAUCGAGUGCUGCUGAUCGAUACCAAGCAGGAGCUGCAGGAGCUGAAGGCCGGUCUGAGGAGAGCCCAGAGAGAGAGAGAGGAGCAGCAGGCGGACAAGCAGGGCCUGCUGAGCUACAUCCAGCAGUUAGAGCAGAGGUUGGGGAUUAAGUCAAAUGGCGAAACCCCCACAUGUAUCUCUCCUGGCUCUUCCUCGGAGGAUGACGAGGAUGCUUCCUCAGCCUCGUCCAGAUCGAUCUGUUCACCUCUUUUACCGUCCGGUCACCUGGAACGACCCGACAGAGCCGAGAUCCCCGCUGAGACACACGCCCAGAACAGAGAGGACACACCAGCCUCUGACGCGCAGGAUGUGAGGAGGCAUCAGUGUGAAAACAGAGCUGGCGAAACAAAGAGACUGAUCCUGCCAGAACUUGUCGACCCCAUCCUGAGUGAGCUGGCUGACUCCCCCAUGUGGUAACAUGUAGCUGGAUGACGGACGGCAAGCUGCUUGUUUUCCACUGCGAUGCAAGUUCAUGUGGGUCUUAAGAAAGCCAAGUAGCAUUUUGUGCUUAUUCUAUUGAUUUUUAUGUAGUUGUUCAUGUGGAAGACGGCCUUCAAAAAGGUCUUAUUUUACAGUGUAGCGCUUUCACUUCUCGAGUGCCUGUAUUCAAAGAAAACAUGGCAUAAGUUCUAAGUCUUAAAUGUCCAGAAUUGUGUUUGUUGUAGUGGUGUAAUAACGGUUUUAUUACU